AUGAAAAAUAAAAAUAAACUGAAGCGAUGUUUAGAUUAUUUAAAAAACAACAAGGAAGAAAUCAUAGAAAAUUAUAACAACACGUUGCCUUCAACCAAAGAAAAUGUUUUAUUGAACUAUCUUAAAAUAUUAAAAAAGAAGCUACAAGAAAAAUAUGAUAUUCAGUUUUGUGAAUAUUUCUUUGAUGAAUAUGGAAUUAAAAAAAAUCUAUGCUCAUCAAUAAUACAAAUAUAUUUCCCCUUUGAUAAAGGAAAUAAUUAUAAAGAAAUAUAUUCUUUAAUUAAAAAUUAUUUUACCUAUGAAAUAUUGUUACAAAGAAAUAUUAAAACAUUACUUCUGCCAAAUGUAUCAUUAGUAUUUGAUUGGAAG